AACAUGUGACGUCUAACGCCAGCGAUAGUGAGAGUAGCUACCGUGGACAGGAGGAGUACGUGUUGUCAUAUGAACCCGUCGUUCAACAGGAAGUGAGCUACACUCGUCCCGUCAUCAUCCUCGGCCCCAUGAAGGAUCGGAUCAACGACGACCUCAUCUCAGAGUUCCCAGACAAAUUUGGAUCCUGCGUCCCGCAUACGACUCGGCCGAAGCGGGACUACGAGGUGGACGGCAGAGAUUAUCACUUCAUGGUGUCCAGGGAGCAGAUGGAGAAAGACAUCCAGGACCACAAGUUCAUCGAGGCGGGACAGUACAACAACCACCUGUACGGAACCAGCGUGCAGUCGGUGCGAGAGGUGUCGGAGAAGGGUAAACACUGUAUCCUGGACGUGUCGGGGAACGCCAUCAAGAGACUCCAGCUCGCUCAGCUUCACCCCAUCGCCAUCUUCAUCAAACCCAAAUCAGUGGAGAACAUCAUGGAGAUGAACAAGCGACUGACGGAGGAGCAGGGACGCAAAACCUUCGACAGAGCCACCAAGCUGGAGCAGGAGUUCACCGAGCAUUUCACAGGUGAGGCGGCGCCCCCCU